AUGGCUAGCGGAGCAGAUGAGGACGCCGACGCUGUCCUCAGCGAUGUCGAGUCCGAUGAACCAGCGCCUGUUGUUAUAAAGGAUCCGCCGCGGGAAGAAGCACAGGACGAGAGGCUAACGGAGCUGAUCGCGGAGCUCGAUCGCGAGAAGAAAGCCCGAGAAGCCGCCGAGAGUUCGAAAUCGGAGCUUCAAGUGUCGUUCAAUCGGUUAAAGGCUCUUGCUCACGAGGCAAUCAGGAAGCGCGACGAGUCCAAGCGAGAACGCGACGAAGCCUUGAAGGAGAAGGAGAAUCUGACGAAGGAGCUGGAGAAUGUAAACAAAGGUAAAGAUGAAUUGAUUAGGCAGCAGGAUGAGAUGUCGAAGAAACUUGACGAGGCUGUGAGAUCUAGAGAUGGUUGGAAAUCGGAGAUUGAGAAUUCGUCGCAUAUGUUGGUUUCUGGGAUCGAGAAGAUAUCAGGUAAAGUAAGCAGCUUUAAGAAUUUCUCAAACGGAGGUCUCCCCAAGUCUCAGAAAUACACAGGUCUUGCUUCUGUAGCCUAUGGAGUUAUCAAGCGUACAAAUGAGAUUGUGGAGGAGCUCGUUAAGCAGAUUGAUACGACUUCGAAGUCGAGGAAUGAAGCUAGGGAGCAGAUGGACCAACGGAAUUACGAGAUUGCUAUUGAAGUGUCUCAGUUGGAAUCGACGAUCAGUAAUCUGCGGUUAGAGGUGGCAGAGAAGGCUUCACAUGUUGAUGAUUUAGAGAGGGAUGUGAGUGGGAAAGACAAGAGGAUUGCUGAACUUGAGAAAGAUAAUCAAGAGAAGGUGAGUGUGUUGGAAGGUGAAGUUUUGGAGCUGAAACAGUUGGUUGAUGAGUAUGAUGGAAAGUUGAAGACUAUGGAACUGAAAAUGGUAGCUCAGCGUCCUUUAUUGUUGGAUCAGCUGAAUCUUGUGUCGAGGAUCCAUGACCAGCUUUACGAGUUCGUGAGGGUUGUUGACGGGAAUAGUUCAGAACAGUCGGAUUUGUCUGAGUCGUUCUUUAUGCCUCAAGAGACGGAGAUGGAGGAGAACAUUCGAGCUUCUUUAGCGGGUAUGGAAUCCAUCUUUGAACUGACCAAAGUGGUUUCUGGGAAGACGCAGAGUUUGGUGGAAGAGAAGAGCCAUGAAUUGAAGAAUUUGAAUGAAACUGUGGGUCUAUUGGUUAAAGAGAAGGAACAUAUUGGGACUUUACUGAGGAGCGCUUUGUCCACAAGAAUGAUAACGGAGCAGCCAUCCCAGAAAAGCGAACUGCUUCAAGCUGCAGAGAAUGGUUUGAGGGAUGUUGGUAUUGGUUUCAGAUCCACUAAACCUUUACAGGAUGGGAAUGAUCAUAGUACAGAAGAGAAUGAAAUAUAUUCCCUGGCAAGCACAUUGGAGAAUAUUGUCAAGGCAUCUCAGCUUAAGAUUGUUGAACUACAACAUUCUUUGGAGGAAUCAAGGGAAGAGACUAGUUCUCUAAGGAAACAAUUGGACUCUCAGACAAAGGAGCUUAACCAUAGACUGCGCCAAAUAGAAGAACUUAAAGAAAAGGAAAGAAUAGCGAAUGAAAAUGUUGAAGGGCUUAUGACUGACAUUGCUGCUGCUGAGGAAGAAAUAGCAAGAUGGAAAGUAGCAGCCGAGCAGGAGGCUGCCGCUGGUGGAGCUGUUGAACAAGACUUCACGUCACAGCUGUAUGUGCUUAAAGAAGAACUUGAAGAGGCAAAGCAAGCGAUAAUAGAGUCAGAGAAGAAACUAAAGUUUAAGGAAGAGACGGCAGCAGCAGCCAUGGGUGCGAGGGAUGCAGCAGAGAGAUCUCUGAGACUCGCGGACACUAGAGCGACCAAGUUGAGGGAAAGAAUACAAGAGCUAAACCGUAAAGUCGAAGAAUUAGAAACGCAUCGAGAUAUGAGUACUUCAAACAGAGCUAGAUAUGCGUGUUGGCCAUGGCAACUUCUCGGGAUUGAUAUUGUGGGAGGUCGAAGGAUUGAGUCGGAACAACAGAGCUCGAACGAGAUGGAACUCGCUGAACCUCUGCUAUGA